AGAGCGUAACCUAAAAUAUAUACUCAACAACAGCAGAGUGAAGAAACGCAAACGCAGACGCAGGUCGGAGUUGCGCGAUGGGAAAAAGCGAUGACUCGCGGCAGCGGAGGAAGAACAAACUGAAAACACGGAAACAGAACGAUGCUAAUCAAGUCUCCACUCGCGUCGCCGCCAUUAUCGCCGCCAAGAAGCGCCGCAAGACCGGUAAACGCACCAUGUGUCAGGGUAUGUGUUAUAGUCUUCCGACUCCCGAGGAUCCCUUCAAUGACAGAUAUGCGAAGGAGGAAACUGAUAAGAUAAAAGAGAAGAAGCAAAAACCUCGAAAAGAUGAUCGGGGGAAGGUUAUUAACAGUAAUAAGGAGGCACAGAAGAAAACUACCAAUGCGCUGCAUGAGAGAAAAGGGAAGUACUUGAAUGUUGACGAGGAGAAGAUGAUUGAUGAUAUGCAACAAGAUGGUGAUAUAAAUGUUACGAAAAUAAGAGCUCAUCUAGCAGGGAAGAGUGGAAAAAAUGGACAACCAUUUGAAAUCCUAGAGUGCCCUUCUAAAUUUUUAAUAUUGUGCUUGAACUCAAUACAGAAUGCAUUGCGGCAUGAGUGCGCAUCUUUUACUGAUGUAGACAAACCUUUGUUCGUUGACACCUGGGGAGUUGAAUUCUGGAAAUGUUUUUCACUUGGAAAAGACAUGGUAGAUGUUAGUGGAGCUUGUUCUACAACAGAGCAGAUUGCUUGGAUAACUUCAACUGCUGCGGAUACCAUAGCAAGGAAGGAAAAAGAAGGAUUGUCAAUCCCUAUUCCAUUCUUAUUAUUCCUUGUCGCAUCCAAAGAGAAAGCCUCAAUGGUUCGCUCUGUGUGCAAGCCUUUAAAGGCUCUUGGAAUUCAUUCUGUGAGUCUGCACGCUGGAGCAUCAUUAGAUCAUCAGAUUCAAGGACUAAAGAGCUGUGAGCCAGAGUUUCUUGUGUCUACGCCAGAGAGGCUUCUGGAGCUGCUCUCCUUGAACGCUGUUGAUAUAGCUGGAAUUUCAUUAUUGGUCGUUGAUGAAGGGAUUCAACCAGAAAUCAUCAAAUCUGUAAGGAAACAUAUCCACGGCACUCCCCAAACUUUAAUUUUUAAUAAUUGUCUGGACAAUGAGUCAAGUCCAGCCGUGGAUAGCCUCCUCCCACAAACAGUAUGCAGAUUAGGGGUCAAAGAUGCAGUCAAGGCGUCUGCAUCAUGCAAUCUGUGAAUCUCAAGGACAACUAGCUAAGAUCCGAGUAGUUUUCACCUCAAUUUUGGAAUUCAAGUUUAUUUUGUAGAAUGUAUUGGACAGAAGUUUACUUUGUUGGAUCUCAGUGAGUAUUGAUUUUUUGAUUUAUA